AUGUUCGACACGUCCCCCAGUAAAGGCAGAUACUUGUUUCCCAUUGCGAAUGCAACGGAAUGCCUUCGACAACUCAAGUACGACAAGCAGCGAGGACGCGCGUUCCUACAGGAGCUUCCCAAGUAUCUCCAAUUCCACUCAACUCUCGAUCUCCUACGCGACACUCCCGAAUCCCCACGAGAGACAUCCGACUGGCAUAAUCGUCCCAGUGUCGAUAUUCUGGGAGAGCUCGAGUCUAUGCAGGAUGAAGAUUUCACGGACCAGUGGCAGUUUGACAGACGUGUCUACUCCGUGAUCAGGCAUGCGCGUGACAGUCACCUUGAGCUUUCUCUCUGCUCGAUGGACAUAUUCCGGUUCCAUGUCAUGUCAAAUGGGCUAGUUUCGGUUUCAGACAAUGGGACAAGCCUCCCCGAGGUGUACUUUGUCGAUGAUAUUGAGGCUCUUGAGGAAGGCCAAACGCAGAUAUCUCCGAUCGCUCGGAUCAACGGCGAGGACGUUCGCAUCUUCCUUGAGCGUUUGGACAGCCCUGUACCUGUCCGGCAAGAUCCAGACGCCCACUACAACAGCUUGUUCUUUUCGUUUGCUUCUGAGGCCGCAUCGUGGCCCCUGAAAGGUCAACUGGUCCAUCUCGGGCGUUUCGAAUUCGGCGCAGAAUCACUCCAUUUUGAAUUCCAUAACGGCUCAACUACCGCGUUGCCGAUUGUGGCUUCAGUGAUUAGCCCCGGCCAAUUUCUUGUCGAUGGUCUCGAUAGCCAGACUCUGUAUCGUAACAAGUGUCUCCCGGAUGAUCCGUCGCCCAUACCCGAUCCUCCACAGGAACCAGAGGUCGAUCGCAUCGAACAAGAAGCACUGAGUCCCAUCGAUGGGCACCCAGAGCCGUCUUUCCUAGACAACAACGAUCAACCAAUAAGCUACAACCUAGAUCAUGACACGGUGAUAUUGCAUAUACCCGUCUUCUCGCACAUAUUCAUCGACCCUAGCUAUCGGACCGCCGACGCAAUGGCAGACUAUGUCAACAUCAUCUCACUCGCCCUUGACGAAGGCCGAACCAAGCUCAUCAUUGACAUAACUGGCAACACUGGAGGGGACGCAAUGAGGGCUUACUAUCUGUUCAAGCUGCUGUUUCCUGACAAGGUCCCUUACACUGCCUGUCGUGUGCGCCGAAGCAAAGCACUUGAUAUGAUCACCUACGCAGGCCAGCUAGGGAACAAGAGCGAAUUUGAUCAUGCUUCCCUGCUCCAAUACUUGAAUUACCCUCACCUUGCCACCCCAGAUCUCGAGGAGGGAUUUGCCGACAUUGGUGCGUUUCUGGGAGGCGAGAAUGCCCCUUUCAGCAGCCCCUAUUCACCAUUCAGCUAUUCGAGCCCUGCCUAUAAUGGCCCCCACAGGGACAAGGUGCUCCAGUUACAGGAAAUAAUAGGGCGGCUGCAUGGUGUCACGCCAUUCGAUCCCGCCAAUAUACUGAUCGUUGGAGACGGGAACUGUGAUUCGGCAUGCGCCAAAUUCGUCGACUUGAUGGUCAACGUUGCUGGGGUCAAGUCUCUGGUGUUUGGGGGCGCACCGCAUCGCGAGCCUAUGCAGAUCAUUGGGGGCACACGUGGAGGUAAGUUGAUGAAAUUUCCAUGGAUUGAGCUCGACGUGAGCAUUUCGCUUUCCCUGUUAGGAGCUGCCCGAGGGCCAUCUGACGUCCAGGAGUCACGCGACAACUUGCCUGUACCCCUGGAUCGGCUACCCCUGAAAUUAGGUAACGGCGUCAGCUGCAUCAACUUGGAGAAUGUCUAUCAUCGAGUUGACGAGGAGGUCCCGCUGCAGUUCAAGUAUCAGCCCGCCGACUGCCGUCUGUUUUUUACAGCCGAGAACAUCUUGGACCCGGCCACAAGGUGGACGGCAGCCAAGAAUGCACGAUGGGGUGACGGAAGCUGUGUGGCCGGAACACCCAACUUCACGCUACCCCAACCAUCCACCACAUUGCUCAGUAACAGGCAUCAUCCCUCAACUAGAUCCAAGGAUACAAGACCUGCUGCGGCGGGACUUCAGUCGCGGCGAGCUGGGAUAAGGCGGGGCACCAACAGAACGGAUUACGAGCAUAUGCCAAAUGAUACGCGAACAGUGCUGGAUAGUGUCCAGGGGCAUCCUCAACGUACAGACUCGGGGCAAGGCCCUGAAGUGCGUAAGAACGGCCCCGGAGUGGUGUCCACGUGGGUGUGGGUGGUACUGGCUGUGACUGGCGCGUUCCUGCUUGUCACUAUGAGUGCCAUGCGCAUAGCAAAGGUUUUGAACGGAGGUGAUGCGUGGUGA